UAACCAUUAUUUAGUUGGCAAUUAAUUCAGCGUCCUUGACAUUGUUUAGUCGAUCGUAAAAAUCUCCACUAUAGAAGGUUUCCAUCUAAAUAAAGCUAGAAUUGGAUUUGAAGAUCAUUCAUCUUUGUUUUGAAUUGUACAUUGUGCUGUUUACUAUUUCCUGUGACACUGUACAUUGGAUUAGGAUUUCACGGAAUUCACUAUUUUUGGUUUGAGAGCCACGUGAUUAAGUGUCAGGCUAACUGGUCAUCUUUUAUAACUGGUGUACUAAGCUUGUAUCUUGAUGACCAAUCUCUUAUGCGUGGACACGCAAUGACCAGGUCACAGCCACCAUAGCGGAUACAUUUCACUGAACUGAUUAUUCCUGUCACCUCGGCGGUGUGGACGCUUUGGGCGGAUCUUUUCCAAUGGCGCCGCCACCUCUGCCGCUGCACCCGUAUGGUCACGCCACCUACCGCCCUCCUGGUUAUGCCUGGAGACAGCAGUCGAGCCAGCCCCUAGUGUACAGGUACCGCUCCUACCCCACUCUGCCCGUACUGUAUACAUGGCGGAAGGUCAGAUACAUCGACAAACCGACUUCCAUGACGCGACUUCUCUUCACCCCGCAGCGCGGGGCUGACAGUCGCUACGGAAGUACAGAGCUCAUCCACCGGAACAGCAGCAGCAGCACUCCCUCUCUGCACGGCUUCUACAUUAGCAAGAACAGCAGCCCGGGCAAGGUGGUCUACCACCAGAACCAGAACCUCCAGCACACCCGCUACAUCAGCAGCAGCACCAGCAACAUCAUGUCGCUCAGGGACACCCCCGGCCGGGCUGGCGCCCCGGUCUCCAGAAGCCACUCGUUCGGUGGAGUGUCCAUCGGGUCCACUUACUCCAGCACCUCCAUGCCCACAGUGCUGGGAGAGACGGUCAAGCGGAGCCCCAGGGUGCACUCCAAGUCACACAUCAGCUCAAAGCCGUUCAGGAAGUCUCCCAAGGUGCCCAAGGUUCCGCGUCCCAACAGAGCCAUGCUGGUGUUUGACAGUGUCAAGAAAGGCAUUGGAGAGUUCAUCCAAGCAACUCAUGAUGACAUUGCCCAGCUGAUGGCCAGUGAAAGUGGGACAUCGACAGCACAGGGCAAACUUCAUGAGACGGAUAAGCAAAUUAAAUCAGCUGAACGUUACCUAAAGAAAUUAGAGUUUCACCUGGCCAAGAUAGAUGAACUUCAUGACUGUUAUAUGCUCAACCAACAGUUACGUGAAGGUGCAAAAAACAUGGCACGAGCAUACAGUGCUACAAACUCCCAGAGUCGCAAAGAUUCUAUCGCCAAUGUGAAGUAUGGGUAUAAAGAGUGUUCUCAGACAAUGUGUGCCAUAGAAGCUCAGCUAGAGAAUAUGUUGGGAACAUUUAGCUGUAGAUUGAAAGGUAUUGCUGGCUUUGCCAGACUGGUACCAGGUGAUGUGUUUGAAGUGGUCAUUAAACAUGGGGGUCAGAAGUGGAAAACAAAGGGUAGGAUAGAAAAGAACAACAGUCAGCGCUGGGACACACCUGAGUUUACCUUCAAGUGUUUGGUGGGGGAAACUCUCAGUAUCAAGGCCUCAGAAGUUCGAGCUUUUAAGAGUGUCUUGCUGGGCCAGAAGAACUGCGAGAUUUGUCACCCCUCCACACAUGACACCACGGGUCAAGGUCUGUUCUCUGCAAACCCUCAGCUGAUGACUGUCAGCGUCAAUGUACACGGGUCACUCAAGCUUAGCAUUAUCAUUACCUGGAACCCACUGGAUGGCAUGGACGAGUCCUUGACCUUGUUUGAACCACCUGUACGAUCCCAGGGUAGAAGGCCAGUCUCAGUAAUAGGUGCCAAUGGUAGCUUGUAUGGCAGUAGUUCAGAUCUAGCAUCAGCUUCUGAAAGAAGAUUCAACAGUCCUAUGCAGAGCCUCAAACAGCGGGAUGAUAGUGGUAUUUAUGGUUCUGCCAAUUCCUUGCCGAGUCACAUGACUCCAGAUUCCAUGCGUCAUGCUCACAGUCUUUCUGGUUCACCCAUCUUGCACAGCCAUGACUCAUCUCUUACCCCAGAACUUCACACGGGCAGGCUGCGCCCUCACAGUGUGAUAGCGUCUGAUGUGCGGAGUGUUCGGUCGCAGCCAUCGCAGCCCACGGCAUCUGCCUCAGAUCUGUGCAGUCCAAGACCUCACAGCACCUACCUUUUACCACAUCAUGAGACAGGAGCAGUGAGUACAUCCUCCUCAUCCUCCUCCUCCAUCUAUCUUUCCCAUUCGGCUCUGCCCCCGUCCAGCAGUUCACAUAUCCCAGAGGUUACUCAGGCCAUGGUACCAGGGGUCAAGAUCAGCUCAGAAAUGAUUCCAUACGAUGCUAGCCUGACGGUAGAAGAGGCACUGGGCAGUCUGACCACCACGCUGGAGGACUUCCUGGGACACUACCCUGAACUUCAGAAGCUUGAAGAGUUAGUUCCUGUGAUAGAAGCUUUGAUCAGAAAACCAUCCAGCACAAGUUCCAGAUCUUCCAGUAUGAGUGUAUCCAUUGAUUGUGCUAUAGAAGAAGCCUUUGAAUUUCUCAACACUGAAGAUGCACUGGAAGAAGUGGAUGAGAAUGAAGAGAAUGAAUUAGAGAGAGAAAAGGAACAAUCCAAAAUAAAAGAUUCUAAUCUAUCAGACAUUGACAAAAUCAUCCUGAGUCCAGACUCUACUGCUAAAACAGCAGACUCUGGGAUUGAAUCUUUAGCCAAACGUCUCCACGAGGACACUCAGCUAGGGUCAAGUAUGGGGUCCAGCCCAGUGCCUCCAUCCAGUGGUAAUGAGCAAGUGGAUCAGGCUCUGACAUAUCACCUGACUUACUGUGAUAAACUGCUUGAAAAUUUGGGCAACUUUGGCCCCUUGAAAUGUCGUGAGUUCUAUGCCUUGGAACGUCUCCAGAAGCAAACCCAAAUUUUGGAAAAACUGGUGGAGAUAGCUAAAGCUGGACCAGAGGUGGACUUGCAUUCAGUUCUGAUGAAAGAGACAAGUGACAAGACACUGAGGGAGCUAUGGGUCCUGUGUGUGGACCAGACCCUCCUCUAUGUCCACCCAGAGAAAAUCAUCUCAGUUUUGGAAAAUAAAUUUGGCCAAAAAAUUGCAGAAACAUAUGACAUAAGGCCAAUCAGAGUCUUCUAUCAGUUGCUGGCGCGGGUAUUGGGUGUACCAACCUACGUCCCAGAAUCUGGUAAAACAUCCAUCGUCACACUGCAUCAGUUCAUGACCUACUUUAUGGACGGAGAAAGUUUGAACAAACUGGAAACGAUAGCAGAGGAAUUGCGCCUCUUGGAUCGCUUGAGCUCUGGCAGCACUGACACAGUCCUUAAGGCCAUUCUGACUUUAAGGGAAGAUCUGCCGGUCCCAACUGGUCUUAAGAUGAUGGCCAAACUGUUGACCAGUGGUAACCGUGAAACCCAGCAGUCAGCGGCUUCUUACUUGAAGAUAAUUAACAGAGACAAAACAAAGAGGGACAAGGUCAUGGUCAUAUUGGUGGAAGGUUUAGAAGAUCACAUUGCUGAGAUAAGAGCAGGCUGCUGUGCGGCUCUGGCUGUUAUUGAGGCUGAAGAGAGCAUUGACCAGCUAGUUCAUGUGAGCCAAUCAGAUACUUCCUCAACUGUAAGGAGGAAAGCUAAAGAAGCUCUCUAUGCUUUAGGUGAUGCUGGUAGAAAAGCUGUGGAAGAAGCUCAACUUGGAUCUCAAGGUUUUCAAGGUUUACAGAUGAGAAAACUUUAACUCAAGGUCCAGCACUAAAUAAUCUUGGAUGUGGCUGGGAAAAUCAAAUGUUCAUGUUUAUCACAGUCGUAUUUCUAGACUACACCCAUGUUGAGGCUAAAGUUAGGCUGGAAUAUAUCACAAGAGAUUCAAUUUUCUCUUUAUAUUUGUUUUUGUUCCAACUAACUUACAGAAUUAAUAGAUCUAUAUACGUUCCAAACUAAAUAUCCAAAAUUGACCCAAUAAACCUACAUGGGACCUCUAAAAAAACUGAUGUGCAUGAAUAUGUUGGUGAUAUUGUACUGACCUUUGACACUUGUGUAAUCCUGAAUAGAUCCUCAAAACUAAGUCAGUCAUCUCUUUUUACAUGACAAUACCCAUUGACCAUGACUUGACUUUAAAUUUAUUUAGCUGUUUGUGUUCUGUAUGACCCCCCAACUCCACCAAACUCUAGGUAGAAAUCAUUGAUGUCAUUAAACAAAAUUCAGAAGUUUAGUGCAUUAUAUCCUUAAGUUCAAAGUGCUAUUCAUGCUAGGACAAUUUGGUUCACAAUCCAAGGCAUUAGCUUCAUAGCAUUAAAUGUUGUGUCAUUUUACUUUGCUGACAAAAUGUCAGUAAGCUGACCUCUUGACAUCCGUCAGUGUGCGACAUAUCCACUCAAUACUGUCACAUAAAAACACUAGUCAUCAAUCACUCAAGUCACUUUUUAUUUGACUGUAAUACAGGCAACAAAAUCAUUACAUAAGAAUUCCCAAAUGUUUCCAUCCAAUAUUCAGACCUCAGUCAAUACCUAUAUAUAUUUUUUUUUUCCUUGCACUGCAUUUACACUUAUACUAAAUCAAAUCCUUUUUUUUUUAAAGUUGACAAGUUUUAUUUUAAAGCUUGGAACUAACUGGCAAUAUAUUAUGAUUGUUUUUAACUGCAAUAUAUGGGUCAUUUAUUUGUGUAUGAUAUGUUAAUGUAGUCUAACCACUGAUUAGUCUAGUUGUAUAGCUUCAUAAAACUGAUAUUAGACUGUAUUUCAACAUUGAAUGGGAUGGUUGUCAUAGGGCCUCUUAAUGAAAACAAGGGUCAAGGCAAACAUUUUGAUGCAAGCAACACCUGAGUCUGUUUUGUAUCAUGACCUUUGUUAAGCAACUGGGGACUACAUUGCUGCCACCAUGCAUGUCCACUGAAUUCACUAUGCAUGAAGUUAAGACAUUUAUUUAUUCACUCAACUGUUUUCUUUUUACCUGCUGCAAAUGUUGAGCUUUUUUUUUUUUGUUUAGCUGAGAAAGUGUUAACAUUUUUUUUUAGAGCAAUUGUUGAUAGUUUUUUUUUGUUUGCGCAAGAAAAUUUGGUAAAUUUACCAAUGGCAUGUUUGUCUAGCUGUAUAGCUUAGCAGUAUGAUAUGCAAUGAUAUUGACUGUAUAUAGUGUACCUAUCAACAGUGUUUUUCAACAUCUUUCAACAUGCUUGUGUUGGGUAAUAAAUCCAAAGAUUUGUUUUGUUUAAAGAUCUCCUGGUUAUAUUUUGUAAUCAUUAUUGUUCACUUCCUGCAAGUUUGAGUUUAGUCACACCAAAAGAUGGUGAAAUAGCAUAUGAAUGGCAUCAGUCUUCAACACCACAAAUUCAAAUUGAUAUGAAUGCUGGCACACCUGUGAUUUUCUUUAGGUUGAUUCUCAUCCAUGACAUCAGCUUACCUGGUUGAUUUCACUUACAUUCAUGUUGGUUUUAUUUUACAGUGGAUGAAGAAGCUCAGAACAAAUGCUACACUAGUCAGCCAUGGAGCCAAGUUUGUAGAAAAUGUUAAAUUUGAUACAUCUUAUGUCACAAGUAGCUUGAAUUCAUUCCAUCCCUAAAUAGCAAGCUUUCUACUUAAUGUCAAGUUAGCAAAGAGUUUUGUCCCAUUGCAUCUCCACUUGAAAGCAGCAUUAUAAUCUACACCUAACAAACAUUGUACUGUUUCACUCUUGUGUACGUGGCUGGCUAGAUAGUUUCAUGUAGUGAUCAAACUUGAACACACAGUAUCUUGUAUCUUUUGUAUUGCAUCAAAGUCUAGCACAUGAAGUUAUUUUGUUUGUCAACCUCCAGUCAAAGCUCCAGCAGCAGCAAGAUGAUAUUAUUGCUUAGAACAAAUUGUUCAAGGUUACACACUUUCUACUCCUGAUUUGUUUUGUAUUGUUGAUCCAUUUUUUUUUUGUUGCUGUACAAAUGUAUGCCAUUCAAUCUUUGUAUUCUGAUACUGACAGGAAGCUGUUUGCUUGACUUGUACAUAACAUCGUCUCCACCAUAAUGAACUUCUAUACAUAAUUGUUGUCUCUCUUAUUAUAUGGGUCAGUUGCAACUGUUUGUGCAUUCAUACAAUCCAUUGGUACAUGCAGUAGUAGCUCAAUGUAGAGCAGCUUACCAUUCUUAGCUAAAUAUAGACUAAAUGUCAGGUCAUUAUAAGUCACACACUUCUCUUGAUUAUUCCAACUAAAGAGUGCUAUCUCCUACUGUUGCUGGUAGAUCAAAGAUGUUUUUUCCCCCAUCACUAGCACGUCAUUUUGGCUUCUCUCUCUUUUUUUCCCCUUAGGUUGGGUUAUGUCUGAACAUUAGCCAACACUUCUAGGACUUGUUUAGUCUACAGUUUAUUAGUUCAUGUUUUGAGGAACAAUAAAGCUAUAAGUUUGUUAACUAUGUAUCAAAAAGCCAGUACUAUAUUAUAUGUAUUCCUGAUCUGUGAUCAUGUGACCUCUGUUCAUACAGAAAGAAUUUUUUUUUUUGUAAUGAACUUUUUGCCAAUCAUUAUUUGUACACUUCCAUUGAGAAUUUGAACAAUUGUACAAAAUUGUAGAUUUUGUGGCUGUGGCCUUUUUUUUUUUUUUGUUUUUACUGGCUCAUGAGAUUUGAUUUUUAUUGCAACCCAUUUGUUUAGGUGACCAUACCUCAAUGUGCUACUACCAGCAGUUUCUCAUGGCCAGAUUUUUCAAGCAUUUUAACUCACCCUGUGAAACUUCUGUUAUGGUUAAUUAGUUAUUCACUAUCUAGGGAGUAUAUGUUUUAAGUUUCACAUUUGGCUAAGAAUUGUUGUUUUUCAGUUCAAUUGUACGCCUAAUUAAAAGACUAAAUAUCUUCCUAAAUCUUGUUUAAUUAGAUGCAUCCUAGAAAUGUUUAUUUUUAGACCUAGAUGCAUCGUAGGUCAACUUGAUAUCACCAUUUUUUUUUUUUUAAUUGAAGCAUUUGUAUAUUUUCUUGUCAAUAUGGAGACUUUUGUUUAUAGACACACACACACACACUUAUGCAUGCAUAUUUUUUUUGUUCAACUUGUAAAUAGUUUGUGUGUGUGUUUACAUUGAAUGUUUACUGUACCUAUAUAAUUUUACUAUUCAGCUGAUGGAAGUUUGACUGGUGAGAGUGAUCCUAUGAUUCUGUUUACAUAAUAAAACAUUUAACGCUUUGA